CCUAGAGCGGCGGAGGCACCUGGAGGAGGCGGAAAAGGAUCCGGAGCCAGAUUAUUGAUAGAAGAAGAGAGACUGUCAAGAUGGAGUCUGUUUGGGAAUGCGGUUAGUCAAUAUGUUAUGAUGAUACAGUACAACUUGCAUGGUGAUAUGGAAGAAAAAAACAAGAUGAAGUACCUUAUUAGUGCUUUGGAAAUAAAAGUAUUCUGCUGGACUAUGCUAAGAUCUAUUAGUAUGAAGAGUUAUUCAGUCUCUGAAGAACUUUAGGAUGAAAAGUUGAAGUAUCCAGCAAUGUCUGAUAAAUAAUUUGGGGACCCUCAUGACUGUUGCAGAAGAAUGGCUGUAAAUUGGGUGAUCCAUUAUCUUUGGCUUUUGGCAGUUCUGGCAAGAUGCACUGGGGGCCACAGCCUAUUCUCAUGUGAACCCAUAAUCCUGAGGAUGUGCCAAGAUCUUCCAUAUAAUACCACAUUUAUGCCUAACCUUUUGAAUCAUUAUGAUCAACAAACAGCAGCUCUAGCAAUGGAGCCAUUUCAUCCUAUGGUAAACCUUGACUGCUCCCGAGACUUUCGGCCAUUCCUGUGUGCUCUCUAUGCUCCCGUUUGCAUGGAAUAUGGUAGAGUCACCCUCCCAUGUCGCAGAAUUUGUCAAAGAGCAUAUAGUGAAUGUUCAAAACUCAUGGAGAUGUUUGGUGUGUCUUGGCCUGAAGACAUGGAAUGCAACAGGUUCCCAGACUGUGAUGAGCCUUACCCUCGUCUUGUUGACCUCAAUGUAGUUGGGGAACCAACAGAAAAAGCACCAGUGGAAGUGCAAAGAGACUAUGGUUUUUGGUGCCCUCGAGAACUGAAAAUAGACCCUGAUCUGGGCUACACAUUCCUGCGGGUACGGGACUGCUCCCCUCCUUGUCCAAAUAUGUACUUUAGACAAGAAGAGCUCUCUUUCGCACGAUACUUCAUUGGUGUGAUCUCCAUUGUCUGCCUUUCUGCUACCUUGUUCACUUUCUUGACUUUCCUGAUUGAUGUCACAAGAUUUCGCUACCCAGAAAGACCCAUAAUCUUCUAUGCUGUUUGUUACAUGAUGGUGUCCCUAAUUUUCUUCAUUGGCUUUUUGCUAGAAGACCGGGUUGCCUGCAAUGCCUCUGGCCCUGCCACAUACAAGGCUUCCACAGUGACGCAGGGCUCUCACAAUAAAGCAUGCACCAUGCUUUUCAUGGUACUGUAUUUCUUUACCAUGGCUGGGAGCGUCUGGUGGGUAAUUCUUACCAUCACUUGGUUUUUGGCAGCUGUCCCAAAAUGGGGUAGUGAAGCCAUUGAGAAGAAGGCCCUCCUCUUCCAUGCUAGUGCAUGGGGCAUCCCUGGAACCCUUACCAUCAUUCUCCUAGCUAUGAAUAAAAUAGAAGGUGACAACAUCAGUGGCGUAUGUUUUGUUGGCCUUUAUGAUGUGGAUGCCUUGAGAUACUUUGUUCUUGCUCCUCUCUGCCUGUAUGUGGUGGUUGGAGUUUCUUUGCUACUUGCUGGCAUCAUUUCUUUAAAUCGGGUUCGUAUUGAAAUUCCCUUAGAGAAGGAAAACCAGGACAAGUUGGUGAAAUUCAUGAUUCGGAUUGGCGUCUUCAGUGUACUGUAUCUUGUGCCACUCUUGGUUGUCAUUGGCUGCUAUUUCUAUGAGCAAGCUUACCGAAGUGUGUGGGAGACAACAUGGAUUCAAGAACGGUGCAAGGAAUAUCACAUACCUUGCCCUUAUCAGGUUACCCAGAUGAGUCGUCCAGACUUGAUCCUCUUCCUUAUGAAGUAUCUGAUGGCUCUCAUAGUGGGAAUCCCAUCAGUCUUUUGGGUUGGAAGUAAAAAGACUUGCUUUGAAUGGGCCAGCUUUUUUCAUGGGCGUAGGAAAAAAGAGGUCGUUAAUGAGAGCCGGCAAGUGCUUCAGGAACCCGACUUUGCUCAGUCUCUCUUAAGAGAUCCAAAUACACCCAUAAUUCGCAAAUCCAGAGGCACUUCCACCCAAGGGACUUCUACUCAUGCCUCCUCUACACAAUUGGCUGUGAUGGAUGACCAGCGAAGCAAAGCAGGCAGUGUGCAUAGCAAAGUCAGUAGCUACCAUGGCAGCUUGCAUAGGUCACGAGAUGGCAGAUAUACCCCUUGUAGUUACCGUGGAAUUGAAGAUCGACUACCUCAUGGCAGUAUGUCCCGACUGACUGACCACUCCAGGCAUAGCAGUUCCCACCGGCUCAAUGAUCAGUCACGUCACAGCAGCAUCAGGGACCUCAGUGGAAAUCCAGUAACUCACAUAACUCACGGCACCAGCAUGAACCGAGUUAUUGAAGAGGAUGGGACCAGCGCGUGAUCUGCACUUCUUUUCCCAUGAAAUGAACAGUAUUCAUUUCUUAUCAGAAUAAUAUAUCAGCUUUUAUCCCUCUUAUGAGUCAGAAUGGCACCCAGUUUGGUCACUGCCUUUUCCUGUAGCUCAACAUUUCUUAGAAAGGUUGCCUCUAAGCAAGUAUGAUAUUGAUUAAGUCUACAAGCUAACUGUUGAUGCAUUUAGGAUUGCUUACCAUAUUUAUUUAUUUGUUGAUGUUUGUUGAUUUAUUUGUUGAUGUUUCCCCCCAAAUCUCUUUUAAAAAUCCUUAUGCAUCUAUAAGAGUCAUACUAUGAAAAGUUUCCCAAAGUAGAAGACUGGGUUUGCUUUUUGGGGGAGGGAGGGGGAAAGAUCUGUUUUGCAUUUUUUUCAUUCUAAUUAAAUAAUGAACUAGUUAGCUGUUCUCCUGCAGCACAGAGGAUAGGCUGCAUAUUAAAAACUGUACAGAGGGCAUCGGUAGGGAAUUGCCAAGAGUUUAUACACUGGAAAUGCAGCAAAAGGAAAAAUGAGCAGAAAUCCUAAAUAAUGGUAUUGGCUCUUAAGUUAAA